AUGCUUAUUGUUGUUACCCGUCAUAUUAUUGUUGCCAUUGAAUUAAUUCUUUUUAUCAUCGUUUCAUUUGCUAAACUUGAACAUUUAAAGUAUACAAACGAAUUUGUUUUACAUAUUAAUGAAGGUGAACAAACAGCUCGAUCAUUGGCUGAAAAAUAUGAUUUAAAAUUCGAAAGACAAGCGAUACCACAUCAAAAUUAUUUUGUAUUUCGUCAUAUCAUCAAAAAUCAUCGACGAAAACGUUCACUCGACGGAUCCGAUGUAGAACUUAUUGGUGAAAUAAAACAAGAUCCUUUAGUAGAUUGGGUUGAACAACAGCAAGUUAAAAAACGUGUAAAACGUAAUGCUAUGCAUUAUCAUCCAAUGUAUUCACCAUCAUCAUCCUCUUCCAAAUUUAAUGACCCUGAAUGGGAUAAACAAUGGUAUAUGCAUGAUGAAAGUGAACAUGGUCGAGCUAUGAAUAUCUCAGGUGCAUGGCGUCUUGGAUUUACUGGUAAAAAUGUCGUCGUCACAAUCCUUGACGAUGGCAUUGAGAAAGAUCAUCCUGAUUUAAUACAAAACUAUGAACCACAAGCAAGUACAGAUAUUAAUGGUUAUGACGAUGAUCCACAACCACGUUAUGAUCCAACAAAUGAAAACAAACAUGGAACAAGAUGUGCUGGUGAAGUUGCUGCUGCAGCAAAUAAUAAUAUAUGUAGUGUUGGAGUAGCAUAUAAUGCACGUAUUGGAGGUAUUCGUUUGUUGGAUGGAGAAGUAACUGAUUUAGUUGAGUCUAGGGCAUUGAGUUUUCGUCCGGAUUUGAUUGAUAUUUAUUCAGCUAGUUGGGGACCGGAUGAUGAUGGUAAAACAGUUGAUGGACCAGCUACAUUAGCUCAAGCAGCAUUUGAGAAUGGCAUUAAAUAUGGUCGUCAAGGUCUAGGUUCAAUUUAUGUUUGGGCAUCAGGAAACGGUGGAAAAGACGAUGAUAAUUGCAAUUGUGAUGGUUAUACAAAUUCUAUAUAUACAGUAUCAAUUUCAAGUGCCACUGAAAAUGGAAAUAUACCUUGGUAUUCGGAAUCUUGUUCAUCAACAUUAGCAACUACGUAUAGUAGUGGUGCAUCCGAUGAAAAACAAGUUGUUUCAACAGAUCUUCGAAGUCAAUGUACAGAGAAUCACACAGGAACAUCAGCUUCAGCUCCUAUGGCUGCUGGUAUAAUUGCAUUAGCACUUGAAGCUAAUCGUAAUUUAACAUGGCGUGAUGUUCAAUAUUUGAUCAUUGAAACAGCAAAACCAAAAUAUUUGAAUGCCUUAGAUUGGAAGAUGAAUGGAGUUGGCAAACGCGUUAGCCAUGCGUUUGGUUUCGGAAUGAUGGAUGCUGCUCAAUUGGUUUUGAAAGCUCAGAAAUGGAGAACAGUCCCCUCUCAACGCAUUUGCCAUCAAAGCGAUCCGAAUAUAAUCGCAAAAACAUUUAAAAAAUAUGAACGUGUUGUUAUUCAAAUGUAUACUGAUGGUUGUGUGAAUACUGAAAAUGAAAUAAAUUUUCUUGAACAUGUACAAUCAAAAGUAUCUGUUAAAGUUAAAUAUCGUGGUAAUUUACAAAUCUUUUUAACUUCGCCAAUGGGUACAAAUUCAACGCUACUCGGUAGACGAGUGGAAGAUGAUUCAAUUGAUGGAUUUGACAAGUGGCCAUUUAUGACAGUACAUAAUUGGGGCGAAUCACCACGUGGUCUUUGGACUUUAGAAAUUGUUGAUGUUGAAAAUAAUGUUAUUUUUCUGAAUUGGUCUCUAGUUUUUUACGGUACGCAAGUUAAUCCUUCACAUCAAUUACCAACCACAACUAUUCCUUCCAAAAUCCUUGCUGCGAAUGUUCACCUUCAGCCAUCCGACGAAGUCAAUAAUAGCAUAGCUUAUUCCCAUUCGAUGAAUCAUUAUAAUUCAUUUCAUACUCGACAUCGUGAAAAAAAUCGUAAAAAUAAGCAACAAAACAAUUAUUAUAUAAAACAGCAUUACUAUCCUUAUAAUCCGCCUUCAUCAUCUCAUUCUACGUCAAUUAUUGAUGAUUUUUAUCAAAUAGAAAUGUCAAACGCACAUCGGAUGAAGCCUCAUUUAGCAUUUAUUUUAAUUUUAAUUCUUCUCCUUAAUCGUGUCUAA